GAGAAGGGCAAAGAGGACACAACAACGAAGACGACAACGACGCAAAUGCAGAGGAUGAAGCCAAAAAUGAGCUUUUGCCUUGGAUUGCUGCUUGUGGGUUGCGCUGUCUGGGAUCUGAGCCUUUCCUUAACGAACAACUGAUGCCUUUGAUCCGAAACAACAAGAACGAGAAGGACAAACAAGUGGAUAUUUCUCUUUUAUCCCUGAAGGAUUCUUGCGUCCGAUUGUUGUUGGACCCACGGCUAGAGCACCAUCAUUCGCUUUCGCAAUUAACAGUGCGAGCUUUGAUGAGAUUGUUCCUGUCCAUGCAUGCGCACAGCGAUUUAGUGGUUUACGACUAUGCAGCAGGAGCUGGGAAUAUUAGUAGAGAUGGAGAAGGUAUGGAGGAUGAUGAUGAGGAGAUGGUCGAUGCAGUUGCAGAAAAUAACGAGACGACAUCCAUAGAGGAAGCCGCUGCUCAAAACACGGUGGCCAACACAGAGACGCUUGAGCGUGAGCUUGCUGAUUUAGACGGAAAUCUUAUCAAUGAACAAGAAGAUCUCGAUCAAGAGAUGCAGGAGCAGUCAGGAAAUAAAGGUUCAGCUGAUAAAGUAGAGCAAGGAGAUGAAGAUGAGCUACAAGAACCUGUAGUUCUGAAUGACGAGCUCCACUUCGCUGACAUUGCAGAGGAUACCGGUGCUGCGACGUGUCUCUUGCAAAACAUUCUUCAAGGUGGAACGUCGCAAGCGAAGACCAACUACAGUGCCCCUUCCAAGGCAUCAGGCUCAACUAGUAGCGGAGCACCUUCUAAGACAACUUCUCCUGACUUUCUCCUUCUGAUCCAGAAGACUAUGUCAUACCUCUCUCACAAAGCGCGCUUCUUCCUGAGAGAACCGAAAACACACAUCAUUCGUCUAGCAUCAAUCGUCCGACUCUUUGGGCAUUUCGCGGCUCUAGCUGACGUGGCAGAGGUCUUAUCAGAUACCAAAGUGUUGCACGCGUUGCUGUCCGUACUGCUGAGACUGGCAAAACACAAAGAGCAGCAUGCUUUGUUGGCUAGUUUUGGGGAAGAAGGAGGUGCGGAUGCGGGAGACACGACCAGGACGGGGGAACAAGGUAUUUACUUAGUUUUCACAGCUUGUUGACACCGUCAGUAAAGAAAAUCUUCCAAGAACUGUAUCUAGAGCUUCAAAAUCAAGAGCUGCGCCUCCGCAUUUUCUUACACCACCAUUUAGGUUUGAACAACCGAAAGACAUUAUAGUAGAGAUAGACACAACAAAAAUCACAAUUCUAAAUAACUACUGACAUUCAAAUUUAAACAACAGAUACCCUCACCGUCGCCAAGACCCUCCAGGAGCUCGCGGAGCAGAAGGAGCCGCUUUUUUCAAUAGGAAAUUGGGCUUCUGACGCUGUGGACGUACUGCAGAGGCGACUCUACAACUACAGGAGUGCUGACAGUAGUACUUGUACAACAACAUCAGCAGCUAACGACCUGAAGACCAUCUUUGACGAAGAAAAAGCCAAGGUCCUCAAACUGGUGCAAGAGCGUCGGUAUUCGCGUAAGGUUGCCGCUAUGCAGGCACGCGUGAAGUUUCCGGAAGCUGCGACUGCAAGACGCGUCAAAAAGAAUGCAGGAAAAACGCUCAAAAGAAAACAGAAAAAACAUGAAAUGUUGAGGAGAAAGAAGUAGAUGAACUUGAACACCAAGACGAGGGUGUUACUGUCGUAAAAAUGGUUGACGUUGUAAUACCAUCCUCAAUGCGUUCGUUUCACUAUUUAGAGACGCUUGUUUAUUUUACUCUGAUUAUUCAUUUUCUUUUUCAUUCAUCAAACAUGCACAAAUCAUGCAAAGGCAGUCUACAUCAUCAUGUUCAUGGAACUUACCUCUUCGUUCAAGGAUAAAAUGAACCCACCUCGAUGUCGAUUUCCCCACCUUUGCAAAGUAGUGAUCUGAAGAUUACAUCAGCAACAGAGGCGAUCCUUGUGGCUUGUCUGAUUGUCAUGAC